CCUCUAUGGUCAAUAUUGGUGCAUCGUUUCCGCAGAAGCUCACACACAUCUGCUGCAUUGGCGCCGGGUACGACAUCCACUUUACCGUCGUCGACCACGACGCCCAGCGGAUCUUGUCCUGGAACUCGCCACAUCUGCCUGUAUACGAACCCGGCCUGGACGACAUAGUGAAGCGGCAGCGCACAAAAAACCUCACCUUCACAACAGACAUUGACCAAGCGAUCCGCCAGGCCGACAUGAUCCUGAUUGCAGUGAACACGCCGGCCAUGCAGAGCACGGGCUUUGGGCGGGCGCCGGACCUGCGGAGCCUGGAGAAGUGCAUGCGGCGGAUAGCGCAGGUGGCAGAGACCGACAAGAUUAUUGUGAUGCGGUCGACAGAAGGGAUAUUGCGGGGGAACGGGCGAGCGCAGUUUGCGGUUCUCUCGAACCCCGAGUUUCUGAGCGAGGGCACAGCCGUCAGAGACCUGCUGAGUCCGGAUCGCGUGAUCAUAGAUGCUCAGAGGACCUUGUAUUUGCAGUGGGUGCCCGAGCAGCGCAUUCUGGCAAUGGACGUGUGGUCGGCGGAGUUGGCGAAGCUGGCAGCCAAUGCAAUGCUGGCGCAGCGCGUGUCGAGCGUAAAUGCCCUGAGCGCAAUUUGCGAGAGGGCGGGCGCCCACGUGCAGAAUAUCAUCACGGCCGUCGGCUCCGAUCGGCGGCUAGGCAGUGAGUUUCUGCAGGCAUCGGUGGGAUUCGGCGGCCCGUGCCUGCAAAAGGAUGUCAUGAGUCUAAUCUGGCUCAGCGAAUCGCUGGAUCUGCCCGAGGUGGCCGCGUACUGGGCCCAGGUCCUGGAGAUGAACGCCUUCCAGACCCGGCGCUUUGCACAAACCAUCGUGCAGUUUGCCAAGGGCUGCCGGGUCGCGUGCCUGGGCUUUGCCUACAAAAGCGGCACCGGCGAUGCGCGCAAUGCUCCGGCUGCCGAAGUCUGCCAGCUUUUACUGAGCGCUGGCUGUCGGUUGGCGAUUUUUGACCCAAAGGUGCCUGAGCAGCAUGUGUGCGAGCGUCUGGAGGAGCGUGGGUGUGAGAUGGCGCACGUGACUGUGUGCCAAAGCGAACUGGAGGCGGUCAGCGGUGCCCAGGCGGUUGUGGUGUUGACGGCAUGGCCGCAGUUCGCCAGUCUGGACUGGGCGGCCGUUUACGAUGGUAUGGAGAAGCCCGCCUAUGUGUUCGAUGGCCAGCUGGUGCUGCAGCCGGAAGCAAUGCGCAGCCUGGGCUUCCGUGUCUAUCAGAUUGGCCAUCCCGGCGCCCCAUAG